AUGGAAGAGACUGGCCCGUCGAGACCGCUUUCGCGGGAUCAGAUGCAGACGCUCAGGAUGAGAGUCGUCGAGGAAUCUCCCAGAUUGUACAGGGACAAUCUGCUCUCGGAUCCCGUUUCGCAGGUGGUGCAGCAACAGAAGCUCCACCAACAACAACAACAACAGAAGCAGACUGUGAGGAAGAUGGAUGCACCCGCUGAGACUGUUGGUGCUGCAGGUUUCCGGUCUGCUAACCUCGGGAGCUUUGAAAACCCUGUUCUGGACAAAGUGAUCAGUAGGACAAUCAACAAAGAAUCAGAGUUCCAAGUAGUGGUCACCAACGUGCUCAUAUUCUUUCUGUGGAACCUGCUUUACAAAUCAACCCAGUUGCUUCUAGAACACUCGGCGUACGGACGCAAGUUAUCCAAACAGUGCAUGCAAACGCUAUGGUCUCUCCAAAGGGCACACCCACGGUGGGGGCCCCUGUGGCAACUAUUCCAAGAUGCAUCCGUCGUCAAGGCAGACUACUUGAACCACUUGGUUGGGAUCGUACUAGGGUUCAACAUCGUCACGGCUUUGUUCAAACUGAGGUCCAGAAUUAACACGCGCGAUUUGGAACUGACACAGAGGCAGAGAGAGUUGCUAGGGUUGGAUCCGAGGAACCACCCACAGGGGGACACAAAAGGUGGUCAUAUCACUAAACCACACGUCGUUAUUUCCUCAUCAAAUACAGACCGUUCCGCGCAGAACUCUAGACUAUCGCGGGACAGUCAAAGUAGCGCAGGUAGUACGGGGAGUGCACAACAGUCCCCACCACCCACACCGUUCCUCUUCAAAUCGUUACAAACGCCGUUGAAGUCGAAACAAACGGACGCGAAGCAGCAACAGACGCCUCACCUCCCGCACACCAAAGUAAGCGCCUUUGGGAAUAACCCGUUGACCACUGACAGGAAACAACAAGUCCGCUUCCCCUUCCAGGAAACGGGGCAAGGGACAGGGGUAGCCAGCUCAACUGCAUCCAUGGCGGAUCAUCUCCCCAAGACACCAAAUUUAACGGCAAACAAAGGUUACAUCCCUAGCAGCAAGUACAGUUACAUGAUGAACUCUCCAAGCCCAAUGAAGAGCUUGUAG